AUGGCGCAACCCACGGAGGGGCCAGCGUUACAAUCCACGACGACGACGACUUCCACCAAGACAUCCUCGGGCACUUCGACAUUAUGGGACAAGACCAAGAGCGGCUCCAGUACGGUCUACAACAAGGCACUCCUGCCGGGCUUUAACAAAGCCUACAAGGUUGUUGACAAGCUGGGAGCCCCGGUGAAUCGUCUAUCGAACAAGGUCGGCUCGGAGGCAUUUUGGCCCACAACAAUGGACAAGGAAUCCGAAAAAGCUGCUCGAAUCCUGCGUGGCUUCUGCAAAGAUGGCUUCUAUGACCAGAUAGAGGAGAAAGAGCUCAAGAAGGUGGAGACACGGAAUGCGACAGCUGUCGGUGUUCCGCAGGGCAAGCAAAGAGUGAUGAAGAAGAUCCCAGCGAGCGUUAUCAAGAACGCAGUCGGCUUGGCCAUAUUUACAACGAUGCGAACCGGCUGGCUGUUUGGUGGCUCUGGUGGCGCCGGCGUGCUUGUCGGACGACACCCCGAGACUCGGGAAUGGAGCGCUCCUAGUGGUAUCCAGACCCAGAACAUAUCGUUUGGAUUCCUCGCAGGAGUCGACAUCUAUGACACCGUCCUGGUCAUCAACACAUAUGAAGCACUAGGUGCUUUCACCAAAUGGAGGACUACUUUGGGAACUGAAGUCGGGGUGGCUGCUGGCCCGGUCGGUAUCGGCGGCGCCCUCGACACGGAACUAACAAAACGUCAAGCUCCUAUAUGGUCGUAUGUGAAGAGUCGGGGGCUUUAUGCCGGCGUUGCGCUGGAAGGAAAUCUGGUCAUUGAAAGGACUGACGAAAACGCGAGAUUCUACGGUGAGCAGGUCAGCGUGACAGACAUCCUGAACGGCAAGCUUCGACAUCCCCCGGUCGAGCAGUAUCAGGUCCUUAUAGAUACGCUGAGAGCUGCUCAGGGCGAGGAUGUGGACGACAGCUUGCUCCCUGACGCCCCCGCUCCGAGUGACAUGGACAUUAUCCAGCAAGGCGGGCCUACCUUUGGGAUACCUUCGGAGGAUGAUCCAGAUCCGUACGGCGUGAAGGCUCUGGAAGCUGAAGGCUUAAACAUCAGAGAGGCUGGAACGCAUCAAAGGCCGCCUGCCGAGACAUUCGAAUUCAGACCGUCCCCAACCAGCCCGGUGUAUACACAUUUUUCUCGAAGAAGUGUGGACGGCUCGAUCAGGAGCCGGACGUGGAGAGACAGCACACACAGUCUGGCCAGCGUUACCCGAGGGACGCAGACCGAUGACGACGACACCAAGAGCCAGGAGAACAGUCCCCACCGAGACUCCUUGCGUGGUCUUGAGGGUCAUCAUUCAAGGAAACACAGCCAACUUGUAGACGAGCCACACCACGAACGAGACGAAUCCUUCUCAGACGUGGAUUCAGAUGUUGAGGUGUCUACAGCAGUGCCAGUCAUGGCACGUGCGAAGGUGGUUGAGGUUCCCAGACGAGUACCACCAGCGUUGCCACCACGAAACCCUGGGCGAGUCGCAUCGCCUAACUUAGAGACACAACCCCCUAUCGAUGGUUUCGAUAAAAUCGACUUGAACGGAGAUGCUGAACAGAGGCACGAAGGAGGACACGUCAUUACGCCCACAUCAACCCGGGAAGCCAACGACUCUACCUUUCAUUCCAUACCAGUGACGCCGAGCGACGAGGACAAAGACAAGCCCAACGAUAUACCCGGCUCCUUUCACUAG